AUGGUUCCGCCGCGGAAAAAUCUCUGCCACUUUUCAUUGUUCGGUCAGCUCCGCCGGGUGGGAAAUCGGCGAUCAUCGGCGGCGGGAGUUCCAGCUACUGCGGCAGAAAUGUCUCGAAGCAUUUCGUACAUAACGGGAACCCAGCUUGUCUCUCUCAAGCGCCUCCCCAACAUCGCCAUAAUCGAUGUCAGAGACGAAGAGAGGAGCCACGACGGGCAUAUAGCCGGCUCGCUUCACUACGCCAGCGGUAGCUUUGGCGAUAGGAUCUCUAAUCUUGUUCAGGAGGUCAAAGGGAAAGACACCCUCGUCUUCCAUUGCGCGUUGAGCCAGGUUCGAGGACCGAAGUGUGCAAGAAGGCUGGCGAAUUAUCUCGACGAGUUGAAGGAAGACACGGGAAUAAAAAACGUGAUGGUGCUAGAGCGCGGCUUCAAUGGCUGGGAGGCUGCUGGUAAGCCUGUUUGUCGCUGCACCGAUGUUCCUUGCAAAGCUGGAUUCAACUGUGCUUCGAUUCUUCAGCAAAGGGUUCGUUCAGGAAAAGGAGAAGAAGAGAAGAUGGUUUUCUGCGUGAUGUGUCUGUUGCCGCUCUUCCUCAUCCCGAUCGUUAAUCUACUGCCGCAGCUCUUCGAUUUGAUCAUGGUGAAAAUCUAUGCGAUGUUUGGAUGGGAGUACAGGAAGCCGGAGAGGGCUCCUCCGGCAUGCCCUUAUAAGCCUGCCGCCAGAAAGGACGAUGGUAGCAAUGUUGUGAUGGAAAGCUUACCUGGGGAUCACCCACCGGUUCAGAAACCUGUGGAAGUAGAAAACGGGAAGGAGGACUGA